AUGCGCCCGAUCAAGGCGGCCACGCGAUGGAGGGCGGUGAGCCGCAACACCGACAAAGCCUCGAUUCUCACUCUCUUGGGCAUCUCGGAAAUCCUCAAAGUCCGCGGAAAAUGGCUCAUGGCCCUGAGGCUCGGGAUCAUCGCCCUGCAGCAGUCGCAGGGCCUGGGGACUUUGACCGAGGGCCUGGCCUUGUUGAGCGUCGGCCACGCCUACCGCAACCAAACCCCGGAGAAUUGGAUCGCCGCCCAGCACCAUCUCCGGAUGGCCAAACUGCUCCUCGAGGGUCUUCCAACGAGCGAGGACCAGACCUUUUACCUGAUGCGCGCCGUCCUGCUGCUCGGCGACACCCUCGUGCGCCGUGAGGAUUUAGGCGACAUUGCCGAGGCCGAAGAGUUGGCCCACCUGGCUGAGCGCCUGCUCCGUCAAAGCCGCGAGCGACCGGGCAAGUCCUUCCGCUGGACGCUCUUCACCGGUUCGUGGCGUGAUUUUUGUGUGCAUUCCAUGGUCGAGCUUGGCGAGAUUUACUAUUACACGAGUCGCUGGGCCGAGGGAGAAAAGCUGCUCCGUGAGCUCGUACCGACGCUGGUUAAGAGGAGGGGCAAGCGCCAUGUAACAACCAUCGAAGCCCAGCGUGACCUGGCGAGCAUGUUGGUCAACCAGGACAAGUACGAGGAGGCUGAGAUGGCUUAUCGAAUCGCACGAGAUUGGAACGAGGAAGUUCCCGUCUUUGGUCAUGAGGAGAAGGCUGCCAUUGACUAUAAUAUUGCAAUGUGCCUGUCCGAGCGCGGUAGGGAUCAGGAAGCCCGGGUGGAGAUCGGCAACAUGGAUCUGGCAGCCGACCUCCUGCACUACGCCAACGGCGAAUGGACUCUGAAGCUGGCGAGACUCACAAGCCUUCGCCUGAAGAGAUACGAGGAGGUCGUCGCUCUCUGCCGGAGAUUCCAACGGGUAUUGGACGAGCACAGAGCACGCUUCGGGCCCUGCAGCCCUGUGACCCUGAGGAACAUGGAAGACCACGUCACGGCCCUGAAAGCGCUGCGCAGAUGGGACGAGGCGAUUUCCAUUCUCCGCGACAUGUGCCGGCGGGAGGCAAGCGACGUUGCACGUGUGGUCGAACAGACUCUUGAGACCCGGCUGAACCUCGCCCACACGCUCCGCCACGCCGGCCUCCACGAAGAAGCGGCAUACGAGUACCGCAAGUGCCUAGAAAUCGAGCGAGCGGCAUCCGACGAUUUCAAGGACGAGGCACAGAUCCGCAACAUCCUCAAGUACCUCGCGUACCUGUACGAGCUGGCAAAGGAUAAGACAAACGCGCUCAUUGCGUAUUCCCAGCUGCAGAGGGAGUAUUGGGGCCGGCCGAGCCAGCACCGGAAUUUCAUCAAAUACGAAUGGUGCAGGGGCAAAAUGUUCAUGCUGCAGGGCCGCUGGGAACAUGCGCUCAAGUUGCUUCUGAGCGCCCUCGCGGUCAAAAGGGGCGUCGAGACGGCGGUCUCCAUCAUCACUGGCUUGUCGAUUGAGGCCGUCCACGCCAUGCAGCCGGGCAGGAGAGCCCCAAGCCCAACGCAGCUCGAGAUCUUGGAAGGCGACGAUGGUACGGAUGACAACAACGGGAAACCAGUGCCCAAAUCUGCGACCCGGGACCAUGUCCAAGUCAAGGAACUUGAUCUAGAAUACGAAGAGAGUCAAUCGUGGGACGAGGUGGACUGGUGGGAAGAGGUUAUCAAGGAUGCUGUCGACGCCGUCCGACGCGAGGAGCCGUUUCAGUCCUAUACGCCUCUCGACGAGGCCGACUCGGAGGUCGAUGACGACGAGACGAACGAGACUGUGGACGCCGUCCUGACGCUGAAGAGCGGCUUUCCCGCUGUUCCCGCCAACGACGAGUGGAUGCAGCCUCAGUGGCCCCGGCUUCCGGACACAUAUGAGGAGUUGGUAGUUCAGCAAAGGAGUGUCAUAGAAGAAGGUCGGCCGUGGGUGCCGUGA